CGACAGUUGCAUAUUAGCUUUCCGCACCAAAUCAAUAAAAAGUCUCCCUGAACAGAGCUGACAUUGAAUUUUCGGGGCGGGUUCCAACUUGAAGAUCUGAUGAUUUCAUCGUGCGUCUGUUUCGCGGAAAUUUUUGUUUUUCGUUGCAGAAAAAUAGCAAUCUGAGAAGCCAUAUGAAAAGUGUUUGCAGUGGCGCCUGCUUUCCUUCGUCGGCCUCCUCUUGGCAGUAAUGCAAUGUGUUCUCUGUCUUCGUUUAUCUGAUGGAGUCGUGGUCACAGUUUCCAGUAUUCGCCGCUCAAUGCUCCCCACAGGAUAUUUGCGUCGUGGGGUUGUACAUAAAGGACCUCAUGGUGGCCGGAGUACAUGAUAGUCCUGAAGAUGAGAUUUAUGCCUAUUGGGGUAAAUCUACUCCAAAGGUGAAAGACGACGAAAUGGCAAGCAACUUCUUUGCAUACACUAAUCUUCUAAUAUGGAAGAAUUUUAAAAUAAGGUUCCGCCACAAAAAGGAGUUGGUUGCAGAGCUACUGGUUCCUAUAAUAUUUUGCCUUAUUUUACUUCUUAUACGAUAUGUCUCUAAACCAGAGAUUAUAAAAGACCCAACGACUUUUGAACCAGUCCCACUGAGCACCUUCAAACCACUUUACUCUGACCAAAGUUACAACUACACUCUACUGGCUUAUGCUCCACAAAGCAUACAAAAUGAUAAAAUAAUGGUUGACGCGGCUGCUACACUGGGCAUGCAAAUAAAAGGAUUUGAAAAUGAUAAAGCCAUGGAGACCUUCAUGGCGGUAAACCAUAUUUUUUGCGGCAUUAGAUUCAACACAAAUGCGAAUCAAACAUCCAAAAAGUUUGAUUUUACACUACGUCCUCAACCAAAUUUUCCGAACAUUGAAGCAGAUUCUAAAGUUGGAUGGAACACAGCAAGCCUUUUUCGAGAGAAAACUUUGCCAGGGCCUAUUGAUGGCGAGAUGCUUCCCCAAGUAGGAGGCAGGUUUAGUUACUUGACAUUCGGAUUGACUUCGAUUCAGUAUGCCAUCUCAAAUUCAUAUAUCAAACUAACUGCGAAAGAGGUUGGAACUAAAACGGAUGCUAUUCUGCCGGAUAUCAAAAUGCAACGUUUCCCGUAUCCACCAUAUGUUAGUGAUGCGACGCUAGUAAUCUUAAAUAUUCUGUUAGCUCUGAUAUUCCUGCUUUGUUUCGUUUAUCCUGUCAGCCAAACCACAAAGCAUGUAACAGGAGAGAAGGAAAAACAAUUAACCGAAACAAUGAAGAUAAUGGGGCUGAGGACUGCCCACCAUUGGACCUCAUGGUUUACCACUACCUUUGUCCUUAGAUUGAUAGUGAUCGUGAUAAUAGUAAUUUUAAUAAAGAGCCCCAUAUGCAACGAGACCGGAGUAUUGCCUGCAUCAUCUGGGGUAGUGCUCUUUCUAUUUCUGCUUUGCUAUUCCGCCUCUAUGAUUACAUUUUCAUUCCUGAUUUCCGCUUUUUUCAACAAAUCGUCAGUUGCGAGUUCCGUUGCCAGUGCAGUGUGGUUCCUGUUCUAUAUUCCUUCAACACUGACUUUAGGCAAAUACUUUACAUCGAUCAAAUGGCUUAGUUCCGCUUUAUGUUUAUUUAUGAAUACGUCUAUGACUUUGGGUGUGAAAAGCAUCAUCAUGUGGGAAACCAAAAUCGAUGGUGUGCAAUUCUAUAACAUCAUGAGCAGUCCGGGCGGAAAGGACACUUUGUCAGUAGGAUUUACGAUGAUCAUGCUUCUGGUUGAUGCAAUUCUGUACAUGUUGUUGACAAUUUAUGUGGAGAAGGUUUUCCCGGGAGAAUACGGUUUCAAGGAACCCUGGUAUUUCUGCUUCAAGGUUGACUAUUGGUUGCCUAAGAGGACUCAGUGGGAAACCCUACAUGAUGAAGCAUCUUUGAAUAACUACGACGAUCCCGACCGCUUUGAAAAUGAUCCAGCAACUGUGAAUAAAAAGGCAGGCGUUCAAAUUCGGAAUUUAAGAAAAACUUUUGGAGAUAAAAUAGCGGUUGCUGGUCUGAGCCUGGACAUGUAUGAAAAUGAAAUCACAGUACUACUAGGGCAUAAUGGUGCCGGGAAAACGACCACCAUUUCAAUGAUUACUGGCUUUUUAAUGCCCACGAGGGGAACUAUCAGAGUGAAUAAUUUGGACACUUCCACACAUAUGUCGGAAGUUCGCAAAACGUUGGGAGUAUGUCCUCAACAUAACAUCUUGUUUGAUACCUUAACCGUCCAGGAACAUAUAAUCUUUUAUGGGCGUUUGAAAGGCUUAAGGCCGAGUCAAAUUUCUGCUGAAAUAGACAAAUAUUUGCAAAUAUUACAACUUGAAGAUAAAAGGCACGAACAGUCACAAAAUCUAUCGGGAGGAAUGAAGAGGAAACUUUCCCUCGUGGUGGCACUUUGUGGGGGUUCAAAAGUAGUUCUUUGCGAUGAGCCAUCUUCAGGAAUGGAUCCGGAAGCAAGACGAGCGCUUUGGAAUCUACUUGAAACCGAGAAGAAUGGCCGAACUAUCUUGUUAACUACCCAUUUUAUGGAUGAAGCUGACGUAUUGGGUGACAGGAUAGCGAUUAUGUCUGGUGGUACAUUGGCUUGCAGUGGAACACCGUUUUUCUUGAAAAAGAAGUUUGGAACUGGAUAUCAAUUGAUUUGCAAUAGAAACCCAACUUGUGACGAAGAUAAAGUUACAGCCUUAAUUCGAAAAUAUAUCCCAGAUGCUUUAAUAAAAAGCAACGUAGGGACUGAACUUUCAUACAGUUUGCCAGAAAUUUACGUUCCUCAGUUCGAACCGAUGUUAUCAGAGUUGGAAGCAUCCCAGGAACGGCUUGGGCUAAGUGGCUAUGGAAUUUCUAUGACCACUUUAGAAGAUGUAUUUAUGAAAACUGGAAGUGAAGUUCACAAAUCUGAUACAAUGUAUGGAACUGUCGACAAUAGCCCAGAAGUAGCAUUAGACUACGGAAACGAUCUCGUUGCGGACAGAAAACGCUGCUGCUAUCAAUGGCGGGCAAUGUUUUACAAGAAAAUAAUCUGUAUGCAACGAAGUUGGAUAAUUUGUCUAAUACAAGUUCUUUUCCCAUUACUGAUGCUAAUCUUAAUUGCUAAAGAUAAGGUGUUUGACUCAAAACCGGACCUUCCGCCACUGAAGAUAUCUUUAGACAAUUAUGGGAGAACUUACACACUAUUAGCCAACCCAGAGAACUCAAAGCUUGGCACUGCUUAUGAAACUUUAUUUAGCAAAAAGCAUCAGCUCGUUCGGACCAGCAAAAGUAUGAUGGAUGCCCUUAACGAUUUGGAUAGAAAGACGACAACUUUCAGCAAAGCCUCGAAUUACUUAGCAGCAGCGACUACUACGGAUACAGAAGGAACUGCCUGGUUUAACCAUGAAGCAAUGCAUACAAUACCACUAUCACUGAAUUUAAUUCAAAAUGCAGUAGCAAGAAAAAUUUUGGGAGAUACCACCGACAUACAGGUUUCAGUGCAUCCUCUUCCAUACGUUCUUGGACAGAAACCGGACGAAGAAUUGGGUUUCUUCAAAGGAUUUCAAUUCGCAUCUAGUUUCGCAUUCACCAUACCAAUUGUAAGCGCUCUAUUUGUUAUGUUCGUCGUGAAGGAACGGGUAAGCAAAUGCAAGCAUCUCCAAAGUUUGGGCGGAGUAAAACCUCUUUCUUACUGGCUCUCUCAUCUGACCCUUGAUAUGUCUCUUUAUCUACUGAUUGCAAUUGGAGUUGUGGUAGUUUGUGCAAUAUUUCAAGUAGAGAACUUCUCAUCGUCUGAAUCAUUAGCGCUGUUGUUUAUGGUUUUCAUUCUUUAUGGAUUGUCAUCGCUAUCGUUUACAUAUUUGAUAUCGUUCACGGUUAAAAGCCCAGCAGAUGGUUUAUCACGAUGUUUCUUGAUAAAUAUUAUAGCAGGGCUAGGAUUUCUCAUCCUAAACGUCAUAUUGCCCAUGGUACUCUCAGAAACUCGUCCUAAAACUGUAAAGUUUGUGCGAUUGUUAUGCCUAUUGUUUCCGAGCUAUGGACUAUCGGAUGCGAUCAACGGCCAAGGGACAUACUACUUCUGGAAGAGUCAAUGCAAAAACAUCGAAAGCGCUAUCAUUUUUGGCGGAAUCGACUGUGAUACUGGCAUCUUUGGAUGGGACUUUCCGGGAUUGGGUGCUCCCGUAACAUUCCUCAUCGUAACAGCCCUCGUGUACUUUUUAGCAUUGCUGGCUGUCGAUACUUACAUAGGAUAUCUUCACAAUGUCAAAAAUAUAUGCAGACCGAAAUUUCCGUCAUCAAGCUCCGAAGUUGACGAUGACGUUCAAGCGGAAAAAUACCGCGUUGCUAAUAUGACGCCAGAUGAAAUAAAAGACCACGUUUUAGUUAUGGCACGAUUAACUAAAUUUUAUAGGCGAUUUCUCGCAGUCAAUAAUUUAUCUGUAGCGGUGGAGCACGGUGAUUGCUUCGGACUACUCGGAGUUAAUGGAGCUGGGAAAACUAGCGCCUUUAAAAUGUUAACCGGUGACGAAAACAUCUCCUACGGAAAAGUUUGGAUUGAAGGAUACAAUAUCCAAUCUGAAAUGAACUCCGUCAAAGACAAGAUUGGAUACUGCCCGCAAUUUGACGCGCUCUUAUUUGAAAUGACCGGUUUCGAGCUACUGAAAAUGUUUUGCCUUAUUCAUGGCAUUCCUAAGGAAAUCAUACCGCGAUUAAUAGAGCGCUUAGCUCGCGACCUGGCUUUCGAAGAAUGCUUAUAUAGAAGGACUGAGGGAUACAGCGGUGGAAAUAAGCGCAAGUUAAGCGCUGCUAUUGCACUCUUGGGUGAUCCUCAUAUUAUUUACAUGGAUGAGCCAACUUCUGGAAUUGAUCCUGCAUCACGUCGUAAAUUAUGGGAUAUGAUCUGUUUGAUACGAAAUUCGGGAAAAGGAAUUAUUCUUACAUCACAUAGCAUGGAGGAAUGUGAGGCACUGUGUACACGAGUGGCAAUUAUGGUCAAUGGAGAGUUCAAGUGCCUUGGAUCUACGCAACAUUUGAAAAAUAAGUUCUCGAAAGGAAUCUCUUUGUCAAUUAAGCUGAGAAAACUUGAGCAAAGCCAUGGGAUGAACGUUGAUGAUGAAAUGAGCAGGAGGGAAGGUAUCGUGACGAACUUCAUUUCCAAGAAUUUCCCGGGAGCAGUAUUGAAAGAAAGUCGCCUCCGGUUACUUACAUUCGAAAUACCGCUGGGAGUGAUGCCUUAUUCACGAAUCUUUGGAUUGAUGGAGAGGAACCGGGACAAUUUAAACAUGGAGGACUAUUCUCUAACACAGGCUACUCUUGAACAAAUUUUCAUACAAUUUGCACAGCAGCAACGUACUAGUGACGAAGAUAAUAAGAAAAAAAAGAAUAAUUGAGCACGAAUGCAGCAUAAGCGAAGCAACUGAAAAGUACUGACAUUUAUUUUAGAUAAACAAGCACUUGUGACUUACGCAACAUUAUUUGUGGCUUAAAGAUAUUUGGCGCUUUUCGUCUUUCCUGUGGUUACUGUGCUCUGUUGCCAGUAUUUUACUAUUCAUAUAUAAAGAUGUAUACCGUUAGUA